AUGUCCAUUCGGACUCAACCAGAGGAUAGUGCUGUGGCGUUGCUACGCACGGUUAUUGCGGCUGAUAUCCGUACCGAUCCUUUUCUAGUUGACCUCAUGUUGAAGUUUGCCGCAUUACACCGAAAUGUGUCAACCGGUGAGUGGCUCGAGACUUGUUUAACGCCUGUAGAGAAGUUUGUAAAGGAGUGUCUGUUCCUAGAGCGUGAUGCCUUUGAUCGGUUUCGCUUUGAUGUCCACGGUGAUAACCGUCAUAUCUUACACUGCAUUAAGCUUGCUGACAUCACUAAGACUCCAAGGGAUUUUGCGGCUUUACUCGAUCCGGUGUUGCAGCAGUACGACAUUUUUUGUCUUCAAAGUACGUUGGUGCAUCAGGGGCGAUGGAUGGAGCACAGACUGUCGUGUGCAGAGGAGGUUCACCGCGUUGAUUCGCGGCUCCCGCUGGUUGAAACGGUCGAGGUUCCUGCAGACAGCGAGAGUUUGGUUCGUAUCGAUGGUAGUUUUGGCGUUGCUCGCCGCGAAUCAGAAGGAUCACCACUAGUUUUAUUUGUGCGGUACAGCGACCCCAUUUUGCCGACGCCACAAGGAGACGACGCGGGAAAAGGAAGCUGA